AUGUCGAGCAAGACCAUUAUUGUCACCGGUGCCUCGAGAGGCAUCGGCCUCGCCAUCGCGAAAUACCUCCUCACUGCGCCGCAAUCGCACAAUGUCGUCGUGAUCGCCCGCAGCGUGGAGCCCCUCCAGAAGCUCAAGGAUCAAUACUCCCAGCAAGUCGCGGUCCUGAACGGCGACCUGUCCGACUUCUCCCUCGCUCAGAAGUCAGUCGACCUGGCGCUCAAGACCUUUGGCCGUCUGGACGGCAUGGUCCUCAACCACGGCAUCCUCGGACAAGUCGGCAAGGUUGCGGAAGCCGACCCGGAACAGUGGAAGCAAGGAUUCGACGUCAACUUCAUGAGCUUGGUCGCGUUUGUCAAAGCCGGGCUUCCAGCACUGCGGGAAUCUAAGGGCAAAAUCAUCUUCACCUCGUCGGGUGCCGCCGUGUCCGCCUACAGGGGAUGGGGUCUCUACGGUGCGACCAAGGCCGCCAUGAACCACCUUGCCCUGACCUUGGGCGAGGAGGAACCGGAUGUCACCAGCAUUUCCAUCCGCCCCGGGAUGGUCGACACCGAGAUGCAGCGCCAAUUGCGCGAGGACCAUGCUACGACACUGGAGCCUCAGGUGCACGCCAAGUUCACAGGAGCCUACGAGAGCGGCAAGCUGCUUAAGGUGGAGCAACCAAGCCAUGUCAUGGCGAAGCUGGUGCUGGUUGCCCCGAGCUCAUUGAGUGGAAAAUUCUUGAAGUAA